ACAUUUUGCAAAUUGACCCAAUGGAAGAAAAAUAUUUCUUUAAUCCCCUCAGAAAUGCUACGCCGGCGAACUUGGAUUAGAAAUUCUCACAUCAGGUACUCCAUCUUUUCUUCUCUAAAAUAUAGAAUUUUGGAAGAAAAAUAUUUCUUUAAUCCCCUCAGAAAUGCUACGCCGGCGAACUUGGAUUAGAAAUUCUCACUUCAGGGGAAAUUUCAACCUCUGUUGAUUUUAAUUAUGUAAAAUCUAAGGGUUUGAUUGAGAUAUUUAUCGGGGAAGGUGUUAGUUGAAGAUUCCUUUUCGUGGAUCUCAAGCAAGGGAAAAUAUUUCCAGAGCUAAAAAUUACUCCAAACGGUUGAUUGUACGUGACGACUUAUUUAUUUCCUGAAUUCCGUAAUAUUUCCAUAAAAUUUCUUAAAUGCCGAGGAGGAUUGCAAAUAUUUUCCAGAGCAAUGACCACCGAGGCUGCGAUGUUUGAUUAGACUUAUUUUCCAGGAUCUUUGAAUACAUGAAGGUGUUAAAGAAGUAAGCUUGUUGCGCACAGAAACUCUGCGUUUGAAGAUUAUCUACCGAUCUAUAAAUUUUUUAUUUUGGAGACUGUGGCCUUGUUUUAUUGAAGGUUUCAUUGUUGCUUCAUCGGAAUCAUAGAAUCUCUGUAUAUGAAGCUCUAUAUUUUGCAGUCUAGAGAUUAUUCACAUCAAGGGCUUGGAUUAAUUUAGGGAUUCGUUUUUGCCCUUGCGAAAUAAAGAAGUGUUCUCUGCAAGUUAAGGGCUGUUAGUUUGAAGUUAUACUGAUAUAUGAAUUUAAAGUUGGAGAUUGCUACAUAAAGGAAUUGAAGGACCUGGCUUGAGCUAGCGAAGAAGUUCCGCUAUUGAAGCUAAUUAGUUUUCAGUUUGGAGAUUGCCUACAUCAAGGCAUUGACGGGUCCAGUUUUGAUUAGAGUUUUAUUUCUGUCCUUCGGAGUCAAAGAAUUGUCCUCCGUGGUACUUUCAGGGAUAUUUCUUUUGGUUUAUUUCAAUUGUAUAGUCCUCCAUUUAUAUGCAGAGGUUCCGAUUUCACAUGUCAUGGAACGUGUUCAGAUUCUGCACGGCCCUGAGAGGCCUUGGCUCUAUCAUGAUUCUUGUCGUCUUAGGGAUCGUUGGAUCAACAUAUUAUGCAGUUGUGAUAGCAAACUAUGGACCGGAUUUACUGAAAGGAGGAGUUAAAGCCUUACAAUCUUUUGUGGUGUUGGUUCUCUUCCAUUUAUUGUUGGGGAUGUUAUUGUGGAGUUACUUUGCGGUGGUUUUUACCGAUCCGGGGAGUGUGCCAUCAAGUUGGAAACCAGUAGUAGACGAAGAGAGUGGGGAGACUGUACCAUUGACCUGUUCACCUAGUAUACCUAGACAGACCUUUCAACAAAUAUCAGGCAUAAAUGCUUCUUCAAAUUCAAGGCUUCGGUACUGCAGGAAAUGCUGUCAGUUUAAGCCUCCACGCUGUCAUCAUUGCUGUGUUUGUGGGAGAUGCAUUUUGAAAAUGGAUCACCAUUGUGUUUGGGUGGUCAAUUGUGUUGGUGCACGAAAUUACAAGUUUUUUCUUCUGUUUUUGUUCUACACAUUUUUGGAGACUGUCUUGGUCACACUAGCAUUGUUACCUCGUUUCAUAGAUUUCUUUAGUGAAGAGGAAAUUCCUGGCUCCGCUGGAACACUUGCCACCACAUUCUUUGGAUUCGUGCUAAAUUUAGCAUUUUCAUUGAGUGUUCUCGGUUUUCUCAUUAUGCAUAUCUCCUUGGUUUCUCACAACACUACCACUAUUGAGGCUUAUGAAAAACAGGUCUCACCCAAAUGGAUAUACGACCUAGGUCGAAGAAAGAAUUUUGAAGAGGUGUUUGGUACUCAGAAAUUUUAUUGGUUAGUCCCUGCAUAUGCUGAAGAGGAUUUGAGAAAGAUGUCUGUUCUUCAGGGGCUUCAAUAUCCACCAGAGCCAGACAUGGAUGCGCAGGAGUUAUGAGCGGUGCUAAUACUGACUUCCUUUGGACAUUGGCCCACUAAAAAGAUCUGUGUCCAAUUCUUCCAUAGUCCAUGAAGAGUAUGCUGCUUACACAAUGUGAAGAGGUAUAUGCUGCAUUCUGGGCAUCUGGAAGAUGUAUGGGAGUGGAAAUAGUCCAGGAGUAGAUUAUACCACCCCUUCAUUCAAUUACCUCUGUUCUGCAGUUAUGAUGCCUCCUCUACUGGAGGUUAAGCUAGAAUGGUUGCAACUCAUGCAGGGCAGUCUUCUCAGCAAUUAUGUUAAAGCUUAAGGUUGCGGAAAAGCAUUUCGUCUUGAAAAUGUGCCAACUUUCUGCUUGAAUAGGAUGUAAUGUGAAUGAUAACCUGCUUCCGAAAUAUGACUUGUAACUUGACUUUGGUUUGUUGUGUAAGCAGCUGCAAUGACUUAUGGCUUUCUUACAGAAGUGGCUGCAGAUAAAUUCUUGAUGAUGUUCAGAGCAAUGGAUUAUGUGGAUAAUUCUUUUUUAUUUUCA